CUCUCCCAGCUCCAUCUAUCACCUCUGCUACCUUUACCAGGGCUCUGAACCCCAUCUCUUGCUGCAUCUCAAACAUGCUUCUCAGCCUAUUUUGGGGGAAAAAAAACCCCAAAAUAACCUGACCCUCAUGUACUUUGGUCCAGGAAAAGGCACAGCUACAGCUGGAAAAUGGCAUCUGACCUUUCCUCACAUCCCCUCCAUCAUCAUCAUCAUCAUCCCAAGAGCUCUAGAUGGGGCUUCUGUGGCCCUGGGGCUCUUCAGCGUAACCCAGGCAUUAGAGUAUGACCAUUUGUGGUAUAGAUUUGGGCCUCCAGCAAGGCUAAGGGUUAACAUACACUCCAAGUGCAGCCAGCUGAAAUAGAAUUCUGGAUCUGUAGAAUUAAAUAAUAGGUGAGAUGGUUAAAAACGAUAGUGGAAACAAUUUAAGUUAAUCCGGGGAUACUAAAAACAGCUUCUUUACAGCCUCUGUAAUAGCUGUCAGCUUAUGCUUUUUUGCCCAAUGCAGACAUGAAAUCCUGGGUCCCCAAAGUACUUUGAAAAAUGGAUUGGCCACAAAGCCCAGACUCUGCAGACACUGCGAUGGGGGAUAUUAGCACAGAAAGAGUAAGCAGUGUGCCUGGCAAUAUGGAAUGAAUCACAAGCAAAGAUGUCACAGUGGAUCCUUGGCCUCUGGGGCCCACUGCAGUGAGAAUAAGAUCUCCAGGCUGGCUGGCUCUAGACUAAGAGGCAGAGCAACCAUGGAGAUGGCAUAUGACCAACUCAAUGGGACCCAAGCAUGGCUGGCCUCUCCCUUCGACCUCAAUGGCUCAGUGGUAGCACUCAACAACUCAAACCAGACAGAGCCGUACUAUGACAUGACCAGCAAUGCAGUCCUCACGUUCAUAUAUUUUGUGGUCUGCAUCAUUGGGUUGUGUGGCAACACACUCGUCAUUUAUGUCAUCUUCCGUUAUGCCAAGAUGAAGACCAUCACCAACAUUUACAUCCUCAACCUGGCCAUCGCAGAUGAGCUCUUCAUGCUGGGGCUCCCCUUCUUGGCCAUGCAGGUGGCACUGGUCCACUGGCCCUUUGGCAAGGCCAUCUGCCGGGUGGUCAUGACUGUGGAUGGCAUCAACCAGUUCACCAGCAUUUUCUGCUUGACAGUCAUGAGCAUUGACCGUUACCUGGCUGUGGUCCACCCCAUCAAAUCAGCCAAGUGGAGGAGACCCAGGACAGCCAAGAUGAUCAAUGUGGCUGUGUGGGGAGUCUCUCUGUUGGUCAUCUUGCCUAUCAUGAUAUAUGCCGGGCUUCGGAGCAACCAGUGGGGGAGAAGCAGCUGCACCAUCAACUGGCCAGGUGAAUCUGGGGCAUGGUACACAGGGUUCAUUAUCUAUGCUUUCAUCUUAGGGUUCCUGGUACCCCUCACCAUCAUUUGUCUUUGCUACUUGUUCAUUAUCAUCAAGGUGAAGUCCUCCGGAAUCCGAGUGGGAUCCUCCAAGAGGAAAAAAUCUGAGAAGAAGGUCACUCGAAUGGUGUCCAUCGUGGUGGCUGUCUUCAUUUUCUGCUGGCUCCCCUUCUACAUAUUCAAUGUCUCCUCCGUCUCUGUGGUCAUCAAUCCCACUCCAGCCCUUAAAGGCAUGUUUGACUUUGUGGUGGUCCUCACCUAUGCUAACAGCUGUGCCAACCCCAUCCUCUAUGCCUUCUUAUCUGACAACUUCAAGAAGAGCUUCCAGAAUGUGCUGUGCUUGGUCAAGGUGAGUGGCACAGAUGAUGGGGAACGGAGUGACAGUAAGCAGGAUAAAUCCCGGCUGAAUGAGACCACAGAGACCCAGAGGACUCUCCUCAAUGGAGACCUCCAAACCAGUAUCUGAACAGCUUGGAAAACAAAAGCAAAGAGGAGCCAAGCUCUGCCUCUUGGCAAUGGGCUCUAUCCUCAUACUCCCUUCCUCCCAUCCAUCACUGCGGCUUCUAGAAUAAAGGAUUGCUCAGCAUGAGACCAAUUCAGAGAAUAGGGUUUGAGCUCCUCUGAUUGAAUGAUAGUGUCUCACAUUGAUUACCUCCCCCUGAAGGUGACAUUUAAAUGCAGGCAGACAAUUCAAAGUCUGGAGAAGAGGAGAUCAUGCCUGGGUGUGACCUUGAGAUAUGGUGAAGUUCAACAAAAAUAGAAAAAAAAAAACUACCUAUGUGUUUGUGUGCUUAAAAACCAGUAUGUAAUCUUGUGUUCUGAUAUUUAUACUUGUAUUACUCCUAUCUGUUCUUUGUACAGUCAUUACCUACGUUUUCUUCGUUAACAGAUGCAAGUAGUAAAGUCAACUGUGCAUAGUAUAUACAUGGACAUUUACCACAAUAUGAAACUAAAGAAAUGGACUUAACAUGAAGCCAACAGUUUAAGCUUUAGGGAUCUCUCGAGCAGUGUGGUCAUAUGGUCAUGAUUUUGUUUCAAAAAAAACCUGAAAGUAAGAUAUUUUUGUAGCCUUUCUCUUAGGAGGGCCCCCUAAAUUGUAUAGACUUCCAGCCUCACAUAAUCUGCCUCUGUCCUAGGGUAUUCGCUUCAUUAAGUUCAGGAAAGUUUGGUCAAAAUAAAGAGGAGAUGAGAGGAGAUAUUUGAAGACCCAAAAUAUAAAGUCAUGAGUUUCCUCUUCUUAAAUGCAGUUAUUCAUUUACCCCAAAGGACUUAAGUGGUUGUAGUCAUCAAUCAUUGUAAUUAUCAAGACAAAGCUGGCUUUGUUAUAAGAUUGCAUUUUUUCUUCUCAAAUUGGUUUAAUCUUUCUUAGGAAGCCAUGGAGAGAAAAACUCACUAACCUGAAAGGAAAAAAAAAAAAAAAAAGACCGUGAUUCUUGUGGGGAAACAAUUUUCUCUCCUUCUUGCCAUGAAAAUAAAUGAGUAAGAAUGAAGCAAAAUUAUACCUUUAUGAGAAACUAUGAAUAAGUUUUUUCUGUUCAUGCUGGACAUGACUUUCUAAUGAGAGAAAAUGGAAAUGUAAUUCAACACAUCAAAGGGUUUUUUAAAGGACUUCAUACAAAGCUAGGCAUUAAGAAAAUCACGAUGCAUAUUAAAGACCUGAGGACAUUGUUCUUAAAACAAAAACACACAUCAGCCAAUAGAUAGUCAGCAUGAAGGGGAUGUGCAAGUGUGUGUGUGUGUGUGUGUGCGCGCGUGUGUGUGUUGAAAGGAGCCCCAUCUUUCACAGGUAUUGCUAUGCUACCUUCUUCACUGACUGUAUACCCAUUAGGCAUUGUAUCUUGAAUGCUAUGAACUCUCUGAGCUAUUCCCCCAAGGACUUUUGUUCCCCAAACUGUAGACAGGUUUAUGUACAAGUGAUAAGAAGGGACAAUGUCUAUUUCAUGGACUGAUUGCAGUUUCCAGGGUAUGGAGAAAUAUACACCCAGUAUUUGCAAGAUGCCACCCUCUCUGGGUUUAUAUGGAAGAAAGUAUGACUUAACACCUUGUACAUAGAUUUUUAAAAUGAGCUUUCCUCUGCUGGCUCCCUAAGCAAGGGUUGUUUGAAGGUCAGAAUAACUAAUUGUCCCACCUGUGGCUUCCUUGUUAAUGCACUGCUUUUGUUCCCUCUGCCUAUAUCUUUCACCUCAUUCCCCAAAGUACUUACUGUGGCUUAAAAAAUAUGUUCCAUAAGAUUUAUGAUAGACAAAUAAAUUCAUGCAAAAAUAAAAAGAGCUGCAAUUACAAAAAAGGACUAUAGGGAAAGUUGUUACAAAAAAUGCAUGUGGUAAAAUUCCACACUGUAGGGACAGGGGGUACUAUAGGUAGGGAAAAUAUAGGAUGAAAGCCUCAUUGAGCUUUAUUAAAAGUUAAUAAGGCAGUUUUGACCCCUGCAGCCAGAUUCUAGCAAUUAGGAGGGCAAAGGCAGCUAGACUCUGAGGAAUUAGACAAACUUCCUAGGUAGCACUAUUAACAUAAGAAUCGAAAAUUUCCCCUUCACUUAAUCCUUUAGCCUAAACUACUUGUCCAUAAGGGCCCCACCCAUAAUCUUGCCCUCCACCAAAGGACAGGGAAAGGUCUCAGGGUUGGAGAAAAUCCAAGAUUAGGAUGAAAGACAAGCCAGAGAGCCAAUCAGAUUCCAAGAGCCCAGUGGGACAAAGAUCUCAAUAAAAGGAGCUGCAGACAAGAAAUCCAUGACCAAUUCACUUUCGAAUUCAACCUACUCAUUCUGAGUAGCUGUCUGUCAUCCUUCUUUUCUGCCUUUCCCAUCUUUAAGUAAAUUGUCAUCUUUUGUUUCACA